AAUAAGUUUAUAUUGUUGCUUUCUAGCUUAAGAAAUGGCAGCACAGUGUGUGACUAAGGUGGAGCUGACUAUUGCCUGCACAAAUCUUUUGGAUAAAGAUGUUGGUUCCAAGUCAGACCCGCUGUGUGUUCUUCUCCAGAAUACGAGUGGUCAGCAGUGGUAUGAGGUUGAUCGCACAGAAAGAAUUAAGAAUUCCUUGAACCCUAAAUUUUCGAAGAAAUUUCUAAUUGAUUACUAUUUUGAGCUUGUUCAGAAACUUAAAUUUGGCAUAUAUGAUAUUGAUAACAAAACCAUUGAACUGGCUGAUGAUGACUUCCUAGGAGAAUUUGAAUGUACACUGGGACAAAUAGUUUCUAGCAAGACUCUAACAAAACCAUUAGUACUUAAAAAUGGCAGACCUGCUGGGAAAGGAAGUAUUACGAUUACAGCAGAAGAAGUGAAGGAUAACAGAGUUGUCUUAUUUGAAGUAGAAGCAAGGAAAUUGGACAAUAAGGAUUUUUUUGGAAAGUCAGAUCCUUAUCUGGAAUUCCACAAGCAGACUGCAGAUGGAAACUGGGUGAUGGUUCACAGAACAGAGGUUAUUAAAAACAACUUGAAUCCUGUUUGGAGGCCCUUUAAAAUCUCUCUCAAUUCUCUGUGCUACAGUGACAUGGAUAAGCCCAUCAAGGUUGAGUGCUAUGACUAUGAUAGUGAUGGGUCUCAUGAUGUCAUAGGAAGUUUCCAAACCACGAUGUCAAAACUGAAGGAAGCAUCACGGUCCUCACCUGUAAGUCUUACAUAGUCUAAACUACCUUUAUAUUUUUGA